UGUGACUAUUCGCAGUCACGCACAACCAAACCUCAAAUUGUUUCUGCUGUUGUGUCUACCAGAUCCACGACACACGAUGAAGUUCUCCAGGGAUGUUACCAGCUCUCGUCGCAAGCAGAGAAAGGCCCACUUUGCGGCUCCUUCCUCUGUUCGCCGCACCUUGAUGUCUGCUCCUCUUUCCAAGGAACUCAGAGAGCAAUACAAGAUCCGUUCUCUUCCCAUUCGCCGUGAGGACCAAGUUACCAUUGUCCGUGGUUCCAACAAGGGUCGUGAGGGCAAGGUCUCUUCCGUCUACCGUAAGAAGUGGAUUCUCCAAAUCGAGCGUGUCACUCGCGAGAAGGCCAACGGUGCCACCGUCCCUGUCGGUGUCGAUGCCUCCAAGGUCGUCAUCUCCAAGCUUCAUCUUGACAAGGAUCGCAAGGCCUUGAUCGUUCGCAAGGGUGGCAAGGUUGAGUAAACAAAAUCGAGACUUGUUCAAUCGAACCGUGAUUCAUCCCGUCGGGUCUAAUGAAUGUGAUUGAAGGUGCGGAA